GACAUAGCGGCACAUCAUCUCCACCACCUCAAUCACUCGAGAAUUGAAGUUGCUGGGGUGGGGUGAGGGAGACAUAAGAGUUAUUCAAAAUCUCCCGACCACAUUCAAGAGGAGGAUUCGGAAGGAAGGAUGUGGUUGUUUGUUUUGACUAGCCUGCUGAAUUGCGCCUCGGCCUACAAUCUAGACUGGCAGAAACUGGAUGGUCUUGCCAAGGCGAAGGUGGAGACCUGUGGUGGAUGACAGCUGAACAGACUGAGAGAGGUCAAAGCCUUUGUGACCCAGGAUAUUCCUCUCUACCAUAACCUGGUAAUGAAGCACAUCCCUGGGGCUGACCCUGAGCUUGUCCUCCUCAACCACUACUACGAAGAGCUGGAACGGAUAGCUUUGUCGGACAUGACACGCUCCGAGAUCAAUGAGCUGCUGGGAAAGCUGGGCUUCUACAAGAAGGCCCAGCCGGAGGAAGAGGUCCCAGAGGAGUUCCGCUUCUCUCCUGCCAAAGACAGCCCAUUUAAGGACACGCCAGAGUCCCAUUCAGCCUCCUCCCCUCCCACCGAGAACACCUCUUCAGAGCCCGAUGCGGAAGCCAUGCACGCCGACCUGUAAAUCUUCGGUGAUAGGGGUCAAAGUAGAAACAUAAUGACACCACUCUCCUUCGUAGCUGCUGCACAACCAGCUGGUUAUUAGAGUCCAUAACAGAGAUGUGUAUUCAAAAAGGCAGAGCCAGCAGAUCCUGGAUCAGCCCUCGAGAUGGGCUAACAUAGCAUCAACAAGCAAAAGGCCUCCAGGGCUCCACACUCUGAAGUUGCACAUACAUCAUUAUUGCCUUUUGUCUAUUUUUUUUGUUCUCUUAAGGCUAAUAACACAACUGGCCACUCAGUCAAUGCUUUUCUAUUAAGUACCUACAGUUCUCUGAAUGCAAACAUUUUUCCCCCAUAUGUGUCAAGUGUCCUCAGGGGUUUGUCCCCUCUUCAUCCCUCUUGUGUGUCUGAUGCCGUCCUGACCACCGUGAAACGAAAUGAAGUGCCAGGCCGUAAAUCAUCUGAUUGGCUUGGGGCUGAUGCUACAUAUUCUGGUGGGUGGGUUUUACGCGCGCACGCACACACACACACGAGGAUUAAAGUGGAAGGGGCUGCAAAUGGUCAUGGAAGAAAUGUGAUUAAAAUUUUUAAAUCUUAUUUUGUGUUGUGAAUAACUGAU